AUGUCGAAACCGAAUCCUUUCCUGAACCUCUUCAGGCGAUACUAUACACAACAGACUCCGCAUCUCGCGCGACCAGCCAUCCGCCCACAAUGCCUCCGCCAACGCUUCACCCAACGCCGACCCUCCCCAUCCCCACGCCUCCAACCCACGCUCCUCCUCCUCCAGCGCCGUUCCGUAGGUGGCGGUCCCGGCCUGGACCCCAACUUCGUCUCGAUCCUCGACCGGCCCGCGAAAAUGGUUCGAAGCGGCAAGCAACACGGCCCAGGCCUAAUAAUCCUCGCCAUAAUCCCUCUCACAGCCUUCAUCCUCGGGUGCUGGCAAGUGCAACGACUCGGCUGGAAGACCGAGCUGGUCGCGCGAUUCGAAGACCGAUUGACGUUCCCGCCGCUCGAGCUCCCGCUGCGCAUCGACGAGAGUAUGCUGGAAGCGUUUGAUUAUCGCAAGGUUUAUGCGCGGGGCAGACUGAGGCAUGAUCAGGAGAUGUUGAUUGGGCCGCGGAUAUUGGAUGGCGAGGAGGGAUAUACGGUUGUUACGCCGCUGGAGAGGACGGAUGCGAGGGGGAAUGUGCAUAAGAUAUUGUGUUGCAGGGGGUGGAUUAAGAAGGACACGGCACCGCAAUGGUUUAGGAAGAAUAGCGGGGGAUUGCCAGAGGGAGAAGUCAUGGUUGAGGGGUUGCUGAGGAUUCCGCCAAAGGGAAAUAUGUUCACGCCGAAGAAUGAGCCGGAGAAGGGGAAGUGGUUCUUCCCUAGUGUUGAAGAGAUGGCACAGCAUACUGGGAGUCAGAGGGUGUGGGUUGAGGAGACGAUGACGCCAGAUUUGCUCACAAACUAUGAGCGAGAACCCAAGGGUAUACCGAUUGGUAGAGCGCCGACGGUGAACCUAAGAAACAACCACACCCAGUACAUCUUCACAUGGUACGCGCUAAGCUUCGCGACAUCAAUCAUGUUCUGGAUGGUCGUAAAGAAGCCGAUGUCCGGUACGCAACGAAGAGUCCGACACAGCGUCGAAUGGUGA